AUGGCUACCCAAGAUAUUGUACUGCUCGACUUGCCCUCCAAGCCGCCCUGCAAAUGCUGGACUCCGAACCCAUGGAAGACUCGGUUGGUGCUGAAUUACAAGGGUCUGGACUACAAGACAGAAUGGGUUGAAUACCCAGACAUCAAGCCAAGACUUGCUGACCACUUCCCGAAGGAUAAAGAAGAGUUCACCAUCCCAACUGUCAUGAUGCCCGACGGAAGCUACGUGAUGGACUCAUUGGAGAUAGCCGAACUCCUCGAGAAGAAGUAUCCCGAGCCAAGCUUGCAUCUGGACUCGCCGUAUCUCUCGAAGCUGCAGGAGCUCCAGCCGAAGUUCUUUGGUCCCAUUCGCGGUAUCUUUGUGCCCAAGGUGCCAAAACUUAUCCUCAACGAUGCAAGUGUUCCAUACUUCGUGUCGACGCGGGAGAAUUCCAUCGGCGUGACGCUGGACCAGUAUGCAAAGGAGAAGGGCGGUGAGGUGGCGUACCAGGCUGCCGCACCAGCGCUCAAGGAGCUUACGGCAAUGUUGAAGGAAAACGGCGACGGGCCCUACUUCAUGGGGAAGACGGUCAGCUACGCCGAUUUCCAAUGGGCUUCGGUCAUGAUCUUCUUUCAGCGACUUGGCGAGCUAGACGGGUUGCUGAAGGCCACCGGCGAUGCAGAGCCGCAUCGGAAGUUGCUGGAGGCUGUCAAGCCGUGGGCCGAACGAGAUGACCACUAG